UGAUAAUAGUGACAUCCCAUGUUAUAUAAUUGUCGUGCAACCUCCUCUUCCUCCACAAUCUCCAGAAAGUAAUUCCAAAACCCAAAAUCUCCUUUCUUCAACAUCUCAUCCAUGGGCAGAGCUCUCUCCCACAUCCAUGGCAGCCCAGUAUUCCAUGUUCCUUACACACCGAUUCCCACACGUCAAUUUCCUUCCCAAUUGCCUUGUAGGCUUUUCAAAGUCACCAUGUCAAGCAACCAAUCUUAUUGGACCACCAUAAACGCUGACAUUGAAACUCAUCUCAAGCAAGCCAUACCGGUACGAGAACCCCUCUCUGUUUUCGAACCCAUGAACCAUUUGACGUUUUCCGCCCCACGGAGCACUGCUCCUGCAUUAUGCGUGGCCGCCUGCGAGCUUGUCGGGGGUCACCGGGACCACGCUUUGCCCGCGGCAUCAGCACUUCAGCUCAUGUAUGCAGCUUCCUUCGCUCACGAACACCUUCCCUUGACCCAAAGCUCUAGGCCCAAAUCCGAGAUCCAACAUCUCUACGGUCCAAACAUUGAGUUACUCACCGGGGACGCAAUGAUACCAUUCGGGCUCGAGCUGUUGGCCGUAUCGGAUGAUCCGACUCAAAAGAAUUCGGAUCGAGUAUUACGUGUAAUGGUCGAGAUCACACGUGCUAUAGGCUCACAGGGCAUGGUUCAUGGACAAUAUUACGAAGUGGAACCUUAUGAGUCAAGCAAUAUCAGACAAAACGAACGUGUUAGCGAAAAAUACGAAGGCACAUUACACGGUUGCGCGGCCGCGUGUGGCGCGAUAUUAGCAGGCGGAAGUGAAGUGGAGAUAGAGAAAAUGAGAAGGUACGGUCUAUACAUAGGAAAAAUACAAGGAAUGAUAAGAAGAGAUGAAAGAAACAGCAAAGAUUUGAAGGAAUUGGUGGAGGAGACUAGAAAAUUAGCCACCAAUGAAUUGAGAGGUUUCAAUGAGGCAAAGGUUGAAGCAAUAUCUAAGUUAUUUUGAGCCUAGUUUUAUGUAUAAUGUCCAGGGUAAAUUUGGCAAUGAGUUAAUAAAUAUUGUGCUUUUCUGUCGUCGCAUCUAUUUGUCCAUGUGUUGUAAAUUUUCUCUCUAAUAUUUCAAAUUCAAUUUUUCUAGAUGUUGUUAAAAAAAAUUAGUGGUUAAGUUAUAAUUUUAUUAUUUUUAAGGACAUAAUUAAAUUAUAAAUA